GCGAGAAAUAAAUUUUCGUUCAAGGAAAAAAUAAAGAAAACCAGACAUCAUAAUAAGCCAUUAACGAUGACUUGUGGAGAACUUAAAGUAUUUAUUGUGUGUGCAAAAGACCUACCAAACAAAGAUGAACGAGGUGAUCCUUACGUAAAUGUUUAUUUGGAUAAGAAAUAUAUUCAGAAAACACAAACUAUAGUCGGCAAUUUAAAUCCUGUUUGGAAUGAGGAGUUUACAUUCCAAGUAGAAGAUGGUGUGAAAACACUUCAUCUUGAUGUUUUUGAUUCUGAUGAACCGUCAAAAAAAGAUGAUCCUUUGGGUACCGCAAAGAUUGAUCUUACCGAUGUAUUCACUAAAGGAGAAGUUGAAAAGACAGAACAAUUAGUAUCAUCAUCUAUUCUUGGUCUUGCUUUGGCUAAACAAGGUUCGAUCACUUUCAGGUUGACAUUUACUAAGAAGCCGUAA